CCAACCAUGUGACUUGCUGUGGCGUACAACUGAUCACGUGAUACAUAAUCGCCAUGAUGGACAGUUGAAUAUUCUCGAUUCAAAGAAAUUUUAGUUAAUAAAAAAUGGAAUCUCACCAAGCUGAAUCUCUUAAGGCAGCAUGACAGAACUGGCAAGUAAGACAACUGUAGUUCAGAAGCCAUGCAACACCCUUAACAGCAGUAGAACCACCCAAAAUGUCACCAUUAAAAGAUCUGAUGAAAUCAUUGCUAUGGCAGCCCUGUCUUCCAUUGGAAAUGUCGCUGCAGCCUCAGCUGACAGGGACUGUAUCCCAGGAACAGAACAGGCCUCAACCACUGCUGUGAAUACAUCAAAACCUGUCCAAAUAACAGAUCUGAAAAAUGAAGAACCCAUCCCAAAUGUCAUUUAUGUCUAUGAUGGAUCAAAAUUCCCCCAGGUACAUGGAAGGAUUGAAAAAGGCAGCACUUCUGGAAUGUACUCAUCUCCUCAUAAUAUUACAGUCCUUAAGGAUAGUGAUGGGAUAGCAAUGGAUACUGAUCCUCAAGUCAUCACCCCAAUAGCCAAUCAAAUGGUCGUCAGUAAGGAUGUUUUCAAAUGUGAAGAGUGCAAAUAUUCCACCCAUAACCGUAGCUACCUGAAGCAGCAUGUAGAUCUGAUCCAUAAUGCAGUAAGGCUUUACAAAUGUCCAUUCUGUGAUUAUGCAGGGAAGAGGAGCCACUCUCUUAGGGAACACCUGAUUGUUCACUCAAAUGAAAGGCCUUACACCUGUUCCCAUUGCAAUGCCACGUUCCGCAAGAAAGGCCACUUAACAAACCAUGAGAAACUGCACAAGAAAUCUGUGAAAUGUCCCAUUUGUUCUGAAUGGUUUCAGAGUUCUGAAAUUGAGAAUCACAUGUUGGAAAAGCAUAAUGCAAGGAAGUUUUUACUGUGUGACAUCUGCAAAUUUAUGGCUCUGGAUGUUCCCACCUUUAACAAUCAUAUGGAAUCUCAUCAGACAACAGAUGUCCAGAAGAAACAGAUUGUUUGUAGCAGCUGUAAGACAAUGUGCCCUGACUUUGAUUCGUUUAGGGAGCAUGCUAAACUCCAUGAGAAUGAAAUGGAUGAAGAACCAAAACAAGAUGUGACUGGUGCACCAAGAAGUGUCAUGAUCAAGUGCUCCGAGUGUGGGAUAAUGACAUCCGAUCAGGAAUCCAUGAGAGCCCAUAUGUGGAUGCACAUCAACCCAUCUCUCAAAAAUGAAAUACAUGUCCCUGAGGUAGCAGAGAAAAGUAUUAAGCGAACAGCCUACAAGUGCCUGGACUGUGACUUUACAUGUGAAGAGGCCAAAGUGUUUGUUGCUCACAUGGUGCAACACAAACCAGACUUGAAAGCUGCAGUACCCGAAUCAAAGAAAUCUCAUACAGUAUUAAUUAAUGAAUCUCAAAUACCUGUGGAAAAAUCCCCCACCAAAGUGGUAGCCGAGAGCAGUGAAGAGGAAAUUGUCAUAAUAUCUGGUUCAAGUCCUGCUACAAAGCAACAAAUUGAAAAAUAUCUUGCAGACAAAUUUUCAAAACCUACAGUUGAAAAAGAGGCAUUCAUUAAGAUACAUCCAGUGAUUCAACAAGUUGUCUCAAAGCAAGUUCACCAAGGCAGUCAGAGCAACACAGAACAAUUGCCAUUUGUUCAUGACCAGUCCAAUGCCAAAUUCCGGUGCACGAUAUGUGGGUACACCUGUGAUCACCAAAGAACAAUAAAAGCCCAUAUCUGGAAACACUCAGGAAACAAGGACAUUGAGUAUCCAAUGUUCAGAAAUGGCCCACUUAGUGUUUAUGAAGACAUGAGUGUUUCAGCAGUUAUGAAAGAGUAUGUUCUUCCCCCAGAAAAAGCAGUAGCAAGUGGAUUUGGACCUGACUCAACCAACACUGUUAAAGAAAAACAGAUGAAAAUAGCAGUCAGUCCUGUUGCUCCAGCCUUAGCCAGUUUACUUGCACAAAGAGCAAAGCAGAAACCAGACGAUGUAAGCAAGAAUGUAUCUCUGCCAGAUAAACUGCAGAUGGAAGUGAAAAACGUGGGCUUGGAUAUCAGUAAAAUAUCUGAAAUCGACUGUUUUGAAGUAAAUGUCUGUUCAAAAUCGACAGAAAAAGUGCAAGAAAAAAACACUGAACAAAAGGGAGAUGUUGAUCAGAAAACAUAUGAUUCUGACGGCAAUGUUGAAAUACAACUGACUGUCAAAGAAGAAAAUUCUCUUGAUUCCAGGCCAGUAGUGGUGGAGAGUGUUGACACUCUCUCGUCUUUAUCAACAUAUACAGGUAUGAGAAGUUGUGAGAACAGUCCAAAGUCCACUAUCCCUGAAGACACCGCAAGUGAAGACCAAGACUCUGGUGUUGCCUUAGAUUCCUCUUCACAGGUGGAAACAGUUGCAUCAGAUUGCAAUCGGACAGAAAAUGAAAAGAACAGCAAGACAAUGGAAAUCUCUUAUCACUGUUCAGAUGAUCUGCAGACAGUGGAGUAUGUGGUGUCUAGCGGAGAUAACCUUAGAGAUGGGAAUGAUGGGUUUGAUUCUGAAGGGGAGAGACUGGAAGGCCUAGAGAAGGAAACAGCCGAAGAACCGUCAUCCAAGAGAAGGAGAACCACUUCACUAACUACUGAGUCAGCUGUUACUCUUCUUUCUUUACUCCAGAAAGGUCCAAAUAACAACCCGGCUUGUCCUGUAAGAGAAGACAGUCAGACUGAUGAGCAACCAAAUACCAAAGGAAAAGCAUGUGAAACCGAAAGUUCCAAGAAAGGUGGCAUAUCCUCGUCAUUAUUGGCCGUUAUUGAGCAGCUUAGAGAAAGAUCUCGUGAAAAAGACUUACUUGAAGACGAACUAACGCUGCCACAGAAACGAGGCACAAAACGGAAAAUCAAAAGAGAAUCUGAAGAAGAUAUUAGUGUUUUAGAAAGUAUGGGCAAUGUUGAAAAGACGGGUGAUGCGAAAUACAGAUGUAAGUUGUGCCACUAUGCCCACUUUGACUCUUUCAUGAUCAGGCAGCACAUGAGACUUCACAAGGAAAAGAAACCAUUUGAGUGUUCUCUCUGUGAAUUCAUCGCCAUUUCAAGCGAGGAUCUACAAGACCACAUGAUAAAACACUGCAAAGUUAGAACUUAUCAAUGUAAAUUAUGUAGUUCGGCUUUUAACUACAAAAGUCAGUUGCGUGCUCACAUGCGUGCGCACAACGAUAAAGACAUAUUUGUUUGCGAUGAUUGUGAUUACGAAAGUAACAACCCAGUGGCAUAUCGCAAUCAUGUACGGGGACAUGCAGAAAAGAAACUGUACAAGUGUGAGGUCUGUGAAAAUCGCUUUGUUUCAAAGCAUGACUUGCGAACUCACAAGAAGCUUUUGUGUGGUAAAAAUAGAUCAUUUAAUUGUGAUGAAUGUGAUUUUGUUGCAAUAGGGCCCCAAGAACAACGUACACAUGCCAAAGUCCAUAACAAGGAAUUCAAGUGCGCAAAAUGUGAAUACGUUACAACUAGCAUCACUCGCUUUCAGAACCACACAAAAACUCACGACGAAGAGCCGAAAUCUCUGAAAUGUGAGCUUUGUGACUUUCCCGCCGUAUCAAGUAGAAGUUUGAAAUCUCACAUGAAACGUCACAUCAAUGACCAACGUUUCGUUCAACAACCACUGGAACAGUACAAGUGCAAUUUAUGUGGUUAUGUGUGUCACCAUCUGCCAUCUUUGAAGUCGCACAUGUGGCGUCAUGCCAGCGACACCAAUUACAGCUAUGAGUUUACCAACGAAGUCAUCAACGCGGCCAUUGAUUACGAUUGUCAGAUAGGAAACCGGGAUUGUAAGGAAGUGGACAUUGCAGCGUUCUUUAAUACCAUCAGACAGAAACUGAAAGAGAGGCUUAGGAAGGAAAAGACGGAGACGGACAAUGACCGCGCGAAUCAGGCCGUGUGCUGGGUAACUUUCCGGUGUUGUCAGUGUGGCUUCGAGACCAUAAACAAAGCAGAACUGAACGUGCACAUGAAGAAACAUUCAGACGUCAUCCAGUGGACUCUACAGGUGCCCAGCGAAGAUGUUAAGAAAAUAUGAACGUUUCAAAUGCUAGUAAAUACCGAGACCUAGAAGUUUAUGAAAAUUGAGAUACGGGUUUAAUUAGAAGAUAAAGUAGCAGGGUUUUCUAACUGAAUCAGGUAAACUCGGCAUUGUAGUCAGUACUUUUUUCUCAGAAAUAUUUUUUUUUAUUAUAGGGCACCUUUAUCUGUUAUAAAUCUCCUGACAGUUUCACCGUCCAAUGGUCAAAAGAACUCUAACCAUGCUCGUGCAUUGCGCACCCUUCGCUGUUGACUUGUUUUCUGUUAUAAGGACUAGAUUUUCGCUUAAUUAUCUACAUGUAUAUAUCAAACAGGAAAUAUGAAAACUGCAUGCGGUGGAUUGCAUCUUGUAGUCAGUGUCCCGGAAGUUUGUAUUUCAGUCUGUUUUAACUUCAGAGUUUUCUUCUUUUUUUAAAAAAAUUGAUCUCUUGUAUAGUCAGACAUAGAAUUACAUAUAUUGUUAUCUGUUUGUCUCUGGCUUUGUUUAUUUUCUUUUUAAGUGUUGUAUAAUUUGUUUUUUGCUUGGGGUUGUGAAUCUUUGACGUUGCAUGUUAAUAGCAUUUUAUACAAUGUAUCACAGGGAAGGGGGAGGCUGAUCCGUAUGAACAUGUUGGCAAAACAAUAAAAUUAAUACUUUAAUCAGUUUAUAAACCAAUGAUCGAUUACUUUGUAGCUCAUCCUGAUUUAAGAUGGUCGUAUAUUUUGUCUAUUCAUUUUCUAGUAUUCCUCGACCGUCAGUCAUUGAGUGACAAUAUGCAGCUUCCGUGUUUAAAUAUGGAAAUGAUUUCUUUAUCAGUCGUUGAAUCUCAUGUUUUUACUUGGUGUACUUUGUUAUAUUUUAUAGUGCUGAUAUUCGUGAUAGUGCAGCUAUUUAACGUUAUUAAUCACAAGAGUGCAGUAUUUCCUGGAAUCCAUUGAAAAUUUGGUCUUCAGAGUAAUUUUCAUUCUUUUUGAUAGUUGCGUUACUAGAGAAUGUAGAUGAAUGCUUAAUAGCUUAAAUUGUGUUACUGUUUGUUUUUUUCCCAAUAUAAUUGUGCAGUGCUAGUCUUUGUACAUUAUCUUGUACUGGAAUUGCUUUUUAGAUUUGAUUAAAUAUACCAUAUUAAAUAUGUAAUAUUGAA